UCGUGCACACGUACCGAGCCAAUUGAUAAAAUCGUGAUUACCCAAAAUUGAGGCUUUUCACAAGGGUCUUUCUUCCGAUUUUUGUAUUUAUUUAUAUAUUUUGAGGGAAUAGUCUUUAUUAAAUUCACUACGACACAAUGGCAACGCAGACCCGCACGCUCGAACGCAAUGGUAAAGCCCCGAAAACGGAUGUGGCCAAAAGUUGGAGCAAGGCAAUCACGAAAAAUUCAGUUUUUGAGGACAAGGAUGAACUACUGGACAUCGUUUAUUGGGGGCGGCAGGUUGUUGGCAUGAUUUUAGGUGUCUUUUUCGGUCUCGUACCACUGAAAGGAGUUGUCGCGUUGGCCCUCUUCUCAAUUCUCAGUUGUGCCGUCACAUAUUUCUACUGCGUCAACUUCCAGGGCAUCGAUGAGGAAGAAUACGGAGGCGUUUGGGAGCUGCUGAAGGAGGGUUUCAUGACAAGUUUCGCCUCAUUCCUCGUCGUGUGGAUUAUCGUGUACAAUGGCGUUCAUUUCGACAAUUUGAACGACGGAUAAUCCUCGUUCCUGUUCCGCGAAUAAAUUAUUUGUAAUUUUUCCUA